AUGAUGGAACGCGGAAACAGGCACUCAUCAAGCGGCGCGACUGCUGUCUCGAACGAAUCGGCCAUGAACUCAGACCUCAUGAGUUUUACCGCCCUGGAAGGAGAGGAUCCUUACCUCCCAAAUCUCUGGAUUUGUGAUGUGAAUCUCACAGACGACCAGGAGCUCGUCAUGGAGCAUCUAAUCGCACACCUGAAUCAUCCUCGCGUGGUGUCACUUCAAGCCACUGCUAACGCUAUUCAUGCGCUGAUGCCACUGAAGACCGUUCCAGAAAACUAUAUGUCGUCCGACACGACGGCGCGUCCACUGUCCUCCAGCAGUAUGCAGUUGAGACACCCAGCCGCCAGAGUGAUGCGAGAGUUUUGGUGCGUUUUCUUCGACGUCGCGAAGAAUAUACCCCAUUGGCAUCCUGCCCAGGAGAGACUCCAGAACCUCAUCAAGAACCUGGCAGACCUCUACGAAGCAGGUGCGGAGGUCGAGAAGAAGGAGUGGAUGAGGCGCGAACGCGAUGGCCUUGGAACAAAUGUCUCCCUUUUGCCAUCUCACAUGGUGGGAGCCCUUGCCCUACUUCUCGGACUCUCUCUACAAGAAUGUUUCAUGGCGUCGGCCGCGGAGUGGAUGAAAUUCGCCGCGCAUCUCUUGUGGCAGCAAGCGCUCGACUGGGACAACCCCGCAAGCGACAAGUCCGGGAAGAAAUCGUCCUACAUCUGGGACUGGGGCUCGCCAACCGGUGUCAUGUACGGAGGGGAGCCGGGAAUGCACAUGGAUCGGUGGAUGCAUUGGUACGCCACGUUUCGCAGCAUCAUCAAGAAAUGCAGCAAACUGGAGGAAGCAAAGCUGGUGGUUCAUUAUGCGCAGGUAUCGAUGACUGCCAUGGACCGAGUUAUGGGGGUGCCGGAGUCUAACAUCGUUGGAGCUGACCAGUCAAAUGAAUCGAAGGGCGAAGUAACAGGCUAUCUGACUUGCGAGGAUCUCAUUGCGGAGGGUAUUGCUGGUCUUCGCCUCGGUAAUUCCGGUACUUCCGGAUAUGGCGCUGUUGGUGACGUGGUUGAGGGUAUUGCUGGUCUCACCCUUCAGCCUACUGUGUUCAAAGAAGAGGUUGUUUCAAGCGAAACGACUUCUAGCGAGAAAGCGGACGCGAAGACCGAAGCGGUUGCCAAGGGCAAGCUGGUCAUCAAGAGCGAAGCUUUCGUUUGA